AUGAGGGGCCUAGAGAGUCAGGAGGCUGUGGAAUAUGGAGAAGGCCAGAACUGCACGUUCCAACUGCAGGGCCCCAAUGGGACAGUGGAGAGCCCAGGGUUCCCAUACGGCUACCCCAAUUAUGCCAACUGCACAUGGACCAUCACCGCAGGGGAUCAGCACCGGAUCCAGCUCGUCUUCCAGUCCUUCGCCCUGGAAGAGGACUUCGAUGUCCUGUCGGUGUUUGAUGGCCCACCCCGGCCGGAGAACCUGCGAACCAGGCUCACAGGCUUUCAGCUACCAGCCACCAUUGUCAGCGCGGCCACCACCCUCUCCCUGCAUCUCAUCAGCGACUACGCAGUCAGUGCACAGGGCUUCCACGCCAGUUAUGAAGUGCUCCCGAGUCACACGUGUGGGAACCCUGGGCGGUUGCCCAAUGGCGUCCAGCAGGGCUCAACCUUCAACGUGGGUGACAAGGUCCGCUACAGCUGCAACCCUGGCUUCUUCCUGGAGGGCCACGCCGUGCUCACCUGCCACGCUGGCUCCGAGAACAGUGCUACGUGGGACUUCCCCCUGCCCUCCUGCAGAGCGGACGAUGCCUGUGGUGGGACCCUGCGGGGCCAGAGCGGCAUUAUCUCCAGCCCCCACUUCCCAGCAGAGUACCAUAACAAUGCCGACUGCACAUGGACUAUCCUGGCCGAGCUGGGGGACACCAUCGCUCUGGUCUUCAUUGACUUCCAGCUGGAGGACGGCUACGACUUUCUGGAAGUCACGGGGACCGAAGGCUCCUCCCUCUGGUUCACCGGAGCCAGCCUCCCAGCCCCUGUCAUCAGCAGCAAGAACUGGCUGCGGCUGCACUUCACCUCAGAUGGCAACCACCGGCAGCGCGGCUUCAGCGCCCAGUACCAAGUCAAGAAGCAAAUCGAGUUGAAGUCUCGAGGUGUGAAGCUGAUGCCCAGCAAAGACAAUAGCCAGAAGACAUCUGUGUUAACUCAGAUUGGUGUGUCCCAAGGGCAUAAUAUGUGUCCAGACCCUGGCAUACCUGAAAGGGGCAAAAGACUAGGCUCGGAUUUCAGGUUAGGAUCCAGUGUCCAGUUCACCUGCAGCGAGGGCUAUGACCUGCAAGGAUCCAAGCGGAUCACCUGUAUGAAAGUGAGCGACAUGUUUGCAGCCUGGAGCGACCACAGGCCGGUCUGCCGAGCCCGCAUGUGUGAUGCCCACCUGCGAGGCCCCUCGGGCAUCAUCACUUCCCCCAAUUUCCCCAUUCAGUAUGAUAACAACGCACACUGCGUGUGGAUCAUCACAGCGCUCAACCCGGCCAAGGUGAUCAAGCUCGCCUUCGAGGAGUUUGACUUGGAGAGGGGCUAUGACACCCUGACGGUCGGGGAUGGUGGGCAGGACGGGGACCAGAAAACAGUUCUGUACGUCCUGACAGGUACAUCGGUCCCAGAUCUCAUUGUCAGCACCAACCAUCAAAUGUGGCUCCUCUUCCAGACCGACAGCAGCGGCAGCUCCCUGGGAUUCAAGGCUUCUUACGAAGAGAUCGAGCAGGGCAGCUGCGGCGAUCCCGGCGUGCCUGCCUAUGGCCGGAGGGAAGGCUCUCGCUUUCACCACGGUGACACGCUCAAGUUUGAGUGCCAGCCUGCCUUUGAGCUGGUGGGGCAGAAGGCAAUCACGUGCCAAAAGAAUAACCAGUGGUCGGCUAAGAAGCCAGGCUGCGUGUUUUCCUGCUUCUUCAACUUCACCAGCCCCUCUGGGGUCGUCCUGUCGCCCAACUACCCAGAGGACUACGGCAACCACCUGCACUGCGUCUGGCUCAUCCUGGCCCGACCGGAGAGCCGCAUCCACCUGGCCUUCAAUGACAUCGACGUGGAACCUCAGUUCGACUUCCUGGUCAUCAAGGAUGGAGCCACCGCCGAGGCCCCUGUCCUGGGCACCUUCUCAGGAAACCAGCUCCCCUCCUCCAUCACCAGCAGUGGCCAUGUGGCCCGUCUCGAGUUCCAGACCGACCACUCCACGGGGAAGAGGGGCUUCAACAUCACCUUUACCACCUUCCGACACAACGAGUGCCCCGAUCCCGGCGUUCCAGUGAAUGGCAAACGGUUCGGUGACAGCCUCCAGCUGGGAAGUUCUAUCUCCUUCCUCUGUGAUGAAGGCUUCCUGGGGACUCAGGGCUCAGAGACCAUCACCUGCAUCCUGAAGGAAGGCAGCGUGGUCUGGAACAGCGCCGUGUUGCGGUGUGAAGCUCCCUGCGGCGGUCAUCUGACUUCGCCCAGUGGCACCAUCCUGUCUCCGGGCUGGCCUGGCUUCUACAAGGAUGCCCUGAGCUGCGCCUGGGUGAUCGAAGCCCAGCCAGGCUACCCCAUCAAAAUCACCUUCGACAGAUUUAAAACCGAGGUGAACUAUGAUACUCUGGAAGUGAGAGAUGGACGGACAUACUCCGCGCCCUUGAUCGGGGUCUACCAUGGGACCCAGGUCCCUCAGUUCCUCAUCAGCACCAGCAACUACCUCUACCUGCUCUUCUCCACUGACAAGAGUCACUCGGACAUCGGCUUCCAGCUCCGCUAUGAGACUAUAACCCUGCAGUCAGACCACUGUCUGGAUCCAGGGAUCCCUGUAAAUGGGCAGCGUCAUGGAAAUGACUUCUAUGUGGGUGCUCUGGUGACUUUCAGCUGUGACUCGGGCUACACAUUAAGUGACGGGGAGCCCCUGGAGUGUGAGCCCAACUUCCAGUGGAGCCGGGCCCUGCCCAGCUGUGAAGCACUCUGUGGUGGCUUCAUUCAAGGCUCCAGUGGGACCAUCUUGUCACCAGGGUUCCCCGACUUCUACCCCAAUAACUUGAACUGCACCUGGAUUAUCGAGACAUCGCAUGGCAAGGGUGUGUUCUUUACUUUCCACACCUUCCACCUGGAGAGCGGCCACGACUACCUGCUGAUCACCGAGAACGGCAGCUUCACCCAGCCGCUGAGGCAGCUGACCGGCUCGAGGCUGCCAGCCCCCAUCAGCGCCGGUCUCUAUGGCAACUUCACCGCCCAGGUCCGCUUCAUUUCCGACUUCUCCAUGUCCUAUGAAGGCUUCAACAUCACCUUCUCAGAGUACGACUUGGAGCCCUGCGAGGAGCCCGAGGUCCCCGCCUACAGCAUCCGGAAGGGCUUACAGUUUGGUGUAGGCGACACCUUGACCUUCUCCUGCUUCCCCGGGUACCGUCUGGAGGGCACAGCCCGCAUCACGUGCCUGGGGGGCAGACGGCGCCUGUGGAGCUCGCCUCUGCCAAGGUGUGUUGCCGAGUGUGGGAAUUCAGUCACGGGCACGCAGGGCACGCUGCUCUCCCCCAACUUUCCUGCGAGCUACAAUAACAACCACGAAUGCAUCUACUCCAUCCAGACACAGCCGGGGAAGGGCAUUCAGCUUAAAGCCCGGGCAUUUGAGCUCUCUGAAGGGGAUGUCCUCAAGGUCUAUGAUGGCAACAACAACUCGGCCCGUUUGCUGGGGAUGUUCAGCCGCUCAGAGAUGAUGGGGGUGACUUUGAACAGCACAUCCAGCAGCCUGUGGCUUGAUUUCAUCACCGACGCCGAGAACACCAGCAAGGGCUUUGAGCUGCAGUUUUCCAGUUUUGAACUCAUCAAAUGUGAGGACCCAGGAACCCCCCAGUUCGGCUACAAGGUUCAUGACGGAGGCCAUUUCGCAGGGAGUUCUGUGUCCUUCGGCUGUGACCCUGGGUAUAGCCUUCGGGGCAGCGAGGAGCUGCUGUGCCUGAGCGGAGAGCGCAGGACCUGGGACCGGCCUCUCCCCACCUGUGUCGCUGAGUGUGGAGGGACAGUGAAAGGAGAGGUGUCGGGGCAGGUGCUGUCACCUGGCUAUCCAGCUCCAUACGAUCACAAUCUCAACUGCAUCUGGACCAUCGAGGCCGAUGCCGGCUGCACCAUUGGGCUGCACUUCCUGGUGUUCGACACGGAGGAGGUCCACGACGUGCUGCGCGUCUGGGACGGGCCGGUGGAGAGCGGGGUCCUGCUCAAGGAGCUCAGCGGCGCAGCCCUGCCCAAGGACCUGCACAGCACUUUCAACUCAGUCGUUCUGCAGUUCAGCACCGACUUCUUCACCAGCAAGCAGGGCUUUGCCGUUCAGUUCUCAGUGUCCACAGCAACGUCCUGCAAUGACCCUGGGGUCCCGCAGAACGGGAGCCGGAGUGGUGACAGUUGGGAAGCUGGCGACUCCACAGUGUUCCAGUGCGACCCCGGCUACGCCCUGCAGGGCAGCGCAGAGAUCAGCUGCGUGAAGAUCGAGAACAGAUUCUUCUGGCAGCCCAGCCCGCCAACGUGCAUCGCUCCCUGUGGAGGAGACCUGACUGGACCCUCGGGAGUCAUCCUGUCUCCGAAUUACCCAGAGCCCUACCCGCCAGGCAAGGAGUGCGACUGGAAAGUGACCGUCUCGCCAGACUACGUCAUCGCGCUGGUAUUUAACAUCUUUAACUUGGAGCCUGGCUAUGAUUUCCUCCACAUCUACGACGGACGGGACUCUCUCAGCCCUCUCAUAGGAAGCUUCUAUGGCUCCCAGCUCCCAAGUCGCAUUGAAAGCAGCAGCAACAGCCUCUUCCUCGCCUUCCGCAGCGAUGCAUCCGUGAGCAAUGCUGGCUUUGUCAUCGACUACACAGAAAACCCACGAGAGUCCUGUUUUGAUCCUGGUUCAGUCAAGAACGGCACACGCGUGGGAUCUGACCUCAAGCUGGGCUCCUCCAUUACCUACUACUGCCAUGGGGGCUACGAAGUGGAGGGCUCCUCGACCCUGAGCUGCGUCCUGGGUGGAGCUAAUCUGGGGAAGCCGUGGCUCUCUACUCAUGCAGACAGACUACCCCAGUGCAGACAUCAGCCAUGGGAGCAGCAGAUUAGCUCUGGUUCUACUUCCCCCUGUGGAGGACAGUAUGUGGGUUCAGAUGGAGUGGUCUUGUCCCCCAACUACCCUCAGAACUACACCAGUGGACAGAUCUGCCUGUAUUUUGUCACCGUGCCCAAGGAUUAUGUGGUGUUUGGACAGUUCGCCUUCUUCCACACGGCCCUCAACGACGUGGUGGAGGUUCACGACGGCCACAGCCAGCGCUCCCGACUGCUCAGCUCCCUGUCGGGCACCCACUCAGGGGAAUCGCUGCCCUUGGCCACCUCCAAUCAAGUUCUCAUUAAGUUCAGUGCCAAAGGCCAAGCACCAGCCAGAGGCUUCCACUUUGUCUACCAAGCGGUGCCCCGAACCAGUGCCACGCAGUGCAGCUCUGUGCCGGAACCCCGCUAUGGCAAGAGACUGGGCAGUGACUUCUCAGUGGGGGCCAUCAUCCGCUUCGAAUGCAGUUCCGGCUAUGCCCUGCAGGGGUCGCCAGAAAUCGAGUGCCUCCCUGUUCCCGGGGCCUUGGCCCAGUGGAAUGUCUCAGCACCAGCGUGUGUGGUGCCCUGCGGAGGCAACCUCACGGAGCGCAGGGGCACCAUCCUGUCCCCCGGCUUCCCAGAGCCCUACCUCAACAGCCUCAACUGCGUGUGGAAGAUCAUGGUCCCCGAAGGUGCUGGCAUCCAGAUUCAGGUCAUCAGCUUUGUCACAGAGCAGAAUUGGGACUCCCUGGAGGUGUUUGACGGUGCAGACAACACUGUGACUAUGCUGGGGAGUUUCUCAGGAACAACCGUGCCUGCCCUUCUGAACAGCACCUCCAACCAGCUCUACCUUCAUUUCUACUCAGAUAUCAGCGUGUCGGCAGCCGGCUUCCACUUGGAGUACAAAACGGUGGGCCUGAGUAGCUGUCCAGAACCUGCCGUGCCCAGUAACGGGGUGAAGACUGGCGAGCGCUACUUGGUGAAUGAUGUCGUCUCUUUUCAGUGCGAGCCGGGAUAUGCCCUCCAGGGCCACGCCCACAUCUCCUGCAUGCCCGGGACCGUGCGGCGCUGGAACUACCCGCCUCCGCUCUGUAUUGCGCAGUGUGGGGGAGCAGUGGAGGAGAUGGAGGGGGUGAUCCUGAGCCCCGGCUUCCCGGGCAACUACCCCAGCAACAUGGACUGCUCGUGGAAAAUAGCUCUACCCGUGGGCUUUGGAGCUCACAUCCAGUUCCUGAACUUCUCCACGGAGCCCAACCAUGACUUCAUAGAAAUCCGGAACGGCCCCUACGAGACCAGCCGCAUGAUGGGCAGAUUCAGUGGAAGCGAGCUUCCCAGCUCCCUGCUCUCCACGUCCCACGAGACCACCGUGUAUUUUCACAGCGACCACUCCCAGAACCGGCCAGGAUUCAAGCUGGAAUAUCAAGCCUACGAACUUCAGGAGUGCCCAGACCCAGAGCCCUUUGCCAAUGGCAUUGUGAGGGGAGCUGGCUACAAUGUCGGGCAAUCAGUGACCUUCGAGUGCCUCCCAGGAUAUCAGCUGAUGGGCCAGCCUGUCCUUACAUGUCAACAUGGCGCCAACCGGAACUGGGACCACCCCCUGCCCAGGUGUGAAGUCCCCUGCGGUGGGAACAUCACCUCUUCCAAUGGCACCGUGUACUCCCCUGGCUUCCCCAGUCCAUACUCCAGCUCCCAGGACUGUGUCUGGCUGAUCACCGUGCCCAUUGGCCAUGGCAUCUACCUCAACCUCAGCCUGCUGCAGACAGAGCCCUCCGGAGACUUCAUCACCGUCUGGGAUGGGCCACAGCAGACAGCUCCUCAGCUUGGAGUUUUCACCAGGAGCUUGGCCAAGAAAACAGUGCAUAGCUCAACCAACCAGGUCCUGCUCAAGUUCCACCGGGAUGCGGCCACGGGUGGGAUCUUCGCCAUAGCCUUCUCUGCUUACCCACUCACCAAAUGCCCCCCUCCCACCAUCCUCCCCAACGCCGAAGUCGUCACAGAGAACGAAGACUUGAACAUAGGUGACAUUGUACGCUACAGGUGCCUUCCUGGCUUUACCUUGGUGGGGAAUGAAAUCCUGACCUGCAAACUUGGAACUUACUUGCAGUUUGAAGGCCCACCCCCAAUAUGUGAAGUGCACUGCCCAACAAACGAGCUGCUGACAGACUCCACCGGUGUGAUCCUGAGUCAGAGCUACCCGGGAAGCUACCCCCAGUUCCAGACCUGCUCCUGGCUGGUGAGGGUGGAGCCCGAGUAUAACAUCUCCGUCACAGUGGAGUACUUUCUCAGCGAGAAGCAGUACGAUGAGUUUGAGAUCUUCGAUGGUCCCUCAGGACAAAGCCCCCUGCUGAAAGCUCUCAGUGGGAAUUACUCAGCUCCCCUGGUUGUCACCAGCACGAGCAACUCUGUGUACCUGCGCUGGUCAUCUGAUCAUGCCUACAAUCGGAAGGGCUUUAAGAUUCGGUAUUCAGCUCCCUACUGCAGCCUGCCCAGGGCUCCACUCCACGGCUUCCUCCUGGGCCAGACCAGCACCCAGCCCGGAGGCUCCGUCCACUUUGGCUGCAACGCCGGCUACCGCCUGGUGGGACACAGCAUGGCCAUUUGUACCCGGCACCCCCAGGGCUACUACCUGUGGAGCGAGGCCAUUCCUCUCUGUCAAGCUCUUUCCUGUGGGCUCCCUGAGGCUCCUAAGAAUGGAAUGGUGUUUGGCAAAGAGUACACCGUGGGGACCAAGGCUGUGUACAGCUGCAGCGAAGGCUACCACCUGCAGACAGGUGCCGAGGCCACUGCAGAGUGUCUGGAGACAGGCCUGUGGAGCAACCACAACGUCCCUCCCCAGUGUGUCCCUGUGACCUGUCCUGAUGUCAGCAGCAUUGGUGUGGAACAUGGCCGAUGGAGGCUCGUCUUCGAGACGCAGUACCAGUUCCAGGCCCAGCUGAUGCUCAUCUGUGACCCUGGCUACUACUACACCGGACAGAGGGUCAUCCGCUGUCAGGCCAAUGGCCAAUGGAGCCUCGGGAACUCUAUGCCCACCUGCCAAAUCAUCUCCUGUGGAGAGCUCCCCAUCCCACCCAAUGGGCACCGCAUCGGAACUUUGUCCGUCUAUGGGGCAACAGCCAUCUUCUCCUGCAACUCCGGAUACACGCUGGUGGGCUCCCGGGUGCGGGAGUGCAUGGCCAACGGGCUCUGGAGUGGCUCUGAAGUCCACUGCCUUGCCACCUUGACCAAGCCCCACCUCGUUUUCUGUAAGCCCCUCUUUGGCUUACACUCUCUCCCCAUCCCCGUCCAAGCCGGGCACUGCGGGACCCCCGAGCCCAUCGUGAACGGCCACAUCAACGGGGAGAACUACAGCUACCGGGGCAGCGUGGUGUACCAGUGCGACGCCGGCUUCCGCCUGAUCGGCAUGUCCGUGCGCAUCUGCCAGCAGGACCACCGCUGGUCGGGCAAGACCCCUUUCUGUGUGCCAAUCACCUGUGGACACCCAGGCAAUCCUAUCAACGGCCUCACUCAGGGCAACCAGUUUAACCUCAACGAUGUGGUCAAGUUUGUCUGCAACCCUGGCUAUGUGUCUGAGGGCGCCGCUGGGUCCCAGUGCCUGGCCAACGGGCAGUGGAGCGACACGCUGCCCACCUGCAGAAUCAUCAACUGUACAGACCCUGGGCACCAAGAACACAGCGUUCGUCAAGUCCAUGCCAGCGGCCUGCACAGGUUCAGCUAUGGCACCACGGUGUCUUACCAAUGCAACCAUGGCUUCUACCUCCUGGGCACCCCGGUGCUCAGCUGCCAGGGAGAUGGCACAUGGGACCGCCCCCGUCCCCAGUGUCUCUUGGUGUCCUGUGGCCAUCCGGGCUCCCCGCCCCAUUCCCACAUGUCCGGGGACAACUAUACUGUGGGCGCGGUUGUGCGUUACAGUUGCACUGGCAAGCGGACUCUGGUGGGAAACGCCACCCGCAUGUGUGGGCUGGACGGACACUGGACAGGCUCCCUGCCCCACUGCUCAGGCACCAGCACGGGCAUUUGCGGUGACCCUGGGAUCCCGGUGCACGGCAUCCGUUUGGGGGAUAGCUUCACCCCCGGGAGUCUGAUGCGCUUCAGCUGUGAGGCUGGCCACGCGCUGCGGGGGUCGUCAGAGCGCACCUGCCAAGCCAACGGCUCGUGGAGCGGCGCGCAGCCCGAGUGCGGAGUGAUCUCUUGUGGGAACCCCGGGACACCAAGCAAUGCCCGAGUCGUGUUCAGUGACGGCCUGGUUUUCUCCAGCUCCAUCGUCUAUGAGUGUCGGGAAGGCUACUACGCCACAGGCCUGCUCAGCCGGCACUGCUCGGUCAAUGGCACCUGGACAGGCAGUGACCCAGAGUGCCUAGUCAUAAAGUGUGCUGACCCCGGGGUUCCAGCCAAUGGCCUCCGGCUGGGCAGUGACUUCAGGUACAACAAAACUGUGACAUACCAGUGCGUCCCUGGCUACAUGAUGGAGUCUCACAGGGUGUCUGUGCUGAGCUGCACCAAGGACCGGACGUGGAAUGGUACCAAGCCAGUCUGCAAAGCCAUCAUGUGCAAGCCGCCUCAGCUCAUCCCCAACGGGAAGGUGGUGGGGUCUGACUUCAUGUGGGGCUCGAGCGUGACCUAUGCCUGCCUGGAGGGGUACCAGCUCUCCCUGCCUGCGGUGCUCACCUGCGAGGGAAACGGAUCCUGGACUGGAGAGCUGCCUCAGUGUUUCCCUGUGUUCUGCGGAGAUCCUGGUGUCCCGCCCCGUGGGAGGAGAGAGGACCGAGGCUUCUCCUACAGGUCCUCCGUCUCCUUCUCCUGCCAGCCCCCUCUGGUGCUGGUGGGCUCUCCUCGGAGGUUCUGCCAAUCAGAUGGGACAUGGAGUGGCACCCAGCCCAGCUGCAUAGACCCGACGCUGACCACGUGUGCAGACCCCGGCAUGCCGCAGUUCGGGAUACAGAACAAUUCCCAGGGCUACCAGGUCGGAAACACAGUGCUGUUCCGCUGUCAGAAAGGUUACCUGCUUCAGGGCUCCACCACCAGGACCUGCCUCCCCAACCUGACCUGGAGCGGAACCCCGCCUGACUGUGUCCCCCACCACUGCAAGCAGCCAGAGACGCCAACCCAUGCCAACGUUGGGGCCCUGGACUUGCCCUCCAUGGGUUACACACUCAUCUACUCCUGCCAGGAGGGCUUCUCCCUCAAGGGUGGCUCCGAGCACCGCACCUGCAAAGCAGAUGGCAGCUGGACAGGCAAACCACCCAUCUGCCUGGAGGUCCGGCCCAGUGGGAGACCCAUCAACACCGCCCGGGAGCCGCCGCUCACCCAAGCCUCAGUUCCUGGGGAUGUUUUUGCCAAGAAUUCCCUAUGGAAAGGGGCCUAUGAGUACCAGGGGAAGAAGCACCCGGCCAUGCUCAGAGUGACCGGCUUCCAGGCUGUCAGCAGCAAGGUCAACGCCACCAUGAUUGACCACAGCGGCGUGGAGUUGCACUUGGCUGGAAUUUACAAGAAAGAAGAUUUCCAUCUCCUGCUCCAGGUGUACCAGAUUACAGGGCCUGUGGAGAUCUUCGUGAAUAAGUUCAAAGAUGAUCACUGGGCUCUAGAUGGGCAUGUCUCCUCAGAGUCUUCCGGAGGCACCUUCAUCUACCAAGGCUCCGUCAAGGGCCACGGCUUUGGGCAGUUCGGCUUUCAAAGACUUGACCUCAGGCUGCUGGAGUCAGACCCCGAGUCCAUCGGCCGCCACUUUGCUUCCAACAGCAGCUCGGUGGCAGCCGCGAUCCUGGUGCCUUUCAUCGCCCUCAUCAUCGCAGGCUUUGUGCUCUAUCUCUACAAGCACAGGAGAAGACCCAAAGUGCCGUUCAAUGGCUAUGCUGGCCACGAGAACACAAACGUUCGGGCCACAUUUGAGAACCCCAUGUACGACCGCAACAUCCAGCCCACAGACAUCAUGGCCACCGAGGCGGAGUUCACAGUCAGCACAGUGUGUACGGCCGUAUAG